AGAGGAUUUAAGAAGGCUGAAGUUUAUUUACUGUAGUUUAAGUGUGCUAACAUUCGGUUCUAAUGAAAGAGUUACUACAGUGUUUUGGUGGUCGCUCACGCUUUCUGGUCCAGACUUUACUCACAGGAGGAAUAAACAGAGCUCAUAAAGUGUUUCUCAAGCAGAGAUCCGCUGAUCCUCACUGCACUUUAUCAGAUGUCCUGCAGACGUUAUGUCAGGACCAGGAGUGUGUGGAUGAACACACACACAUACUCACUACUAAACCACUGGUGUUCCUGUUUCCUGCUGUGUUUAAGCAUGACCUUCUGUGUUUUCUGCAUCUUCUGCACCCUGGUUUACCAAGAGAGAGUGUAUUGUCUCUGCUCCGCUGCCUGGCACAGGACGCUGAGAAAAAUCCAUGGGUUUGUGCCUUAACUUGUCAGCUGUACAAAGACCUCGGGGAUGAGGGGUUUAGAGAAGACACAUUGCUCACGCCAGAAUGUGUCCUGAGCCUGAAAGAUCUUUGCGAUCGGUUUAAAGAUUUUCGGGAAAAACGAGGGUGGGAUCUCUGUCUGAAUGAACGUAGGAGUGAUGAAUUGCCUGGAGAUUGUCAGAUAGAUGUAGGGCUCAAGAAGAGGAAAAGUGAGAUCACAGAGGUGCAUAUGGAUUCUGAUGCUGAUGAACCAGAGAGCAAAAGGAGAAAGAUUGACCUUGCAAGUCACGGUGGUCCUGAAGACAGAAAGGUGGUUGUGGGUCAGGAGGAAUCGGAUGUAAAAACAAUGCAGCUUGAUAAGGAGCUGGAAGGAGAUUCUUCAGCAACAUCACCAGUGCCAGAAAAAGACUGUGGAAAUGUCUUACCAGAUCAUAUAAAGGCAGCUGUUCCUUUGAUAAAAGAAUUAUUGGACUCUGGAACAGAGUGGGAUGAAAGCUGUGUGCCUACAAUUAAAGUGCUAAAUGAAUGUGAUGCAAAUCAGCUGGAGGUCAUUUGUGCAAUGCUGUGUUUACCUGAAACGUCUGAGCAAAGUUUACCACAUUUCUGUAGCAGCGUGCUGGCUCUGUCUCAAGACCUCAGCCACAGCACAGCCUCAGUUAUCAUCAAGAACCUUUUACUCGGCAAGGUUCGUUCCCUCAAUGAGCCACCCUCCCGCUGUCUGGUCACAGCUAUAACGUCUCUGUGCACUCGUUACCCGAGGCCGACCUGUCAGGCUCUUAUAGAACCACUCAUAAAGGAAGGACAAACAGGCAGUGCCCAGGCUGAACUGAUCUGUCGGCUGGCGAAAGACUGCCUUGAACCCUAUCACAGGCUUCUUGUGUUUCAGAUGACGCUUAUGGUUUCCUGGAACGAGGGUGUGUUGUCAGUCAUCCAUGACUUGCUGGAUUUAAAGAUUGAGCUGAGUGAAGAGAUUUUUUCUCAGUUCACCAAUAAACUGAGCAGUCAGACCCCACACUUCACCAAGUCUAUGAAGUUUGCUAAAAUGAUGCUCACUGUCCUGACAAAGUUCCAGUCGCACGUGACUGCCGCAUGUCAGCACACACUAUCCUGCUGUAUUUCAUUUAAUGAGACUUUCCUGAAGAAGUCCCUCCAAGCUGCUUUAAAACGCAUUAAUGUCAACUAAAUAUAGUUCUGUUAAAAAAAUAAAGAGAUUUUACACCUAAA